AGGAAGUAAAGGUAAAGGAAAUCAGACGCAUGCUGUGUUUAUAAAAAGUGCCCUAUUUGUGGCCUAUAGAGAGUCAUUCAACCCAGAGACUGAAAUCAGCAUGGAGACACUACUUUUUCUAUUUCCUCAAUUCAACUACAUGGCCCCGAAGGAGGAAGCCUAUUUCAAAACGCUUCGGCCACAAGACUUUCUGCCAGUGACAAUGAAGGAAGAGUGUGGCAGACAUAAAGACAAGGAGCGAAAGAGCAGACUCAGCCUUUUCCUCACCAAGUCCGGCUCUCACGAGAAUGUCAGUCCUCAUAAGAAAACCAAUACACCAUCCAGAAACAUCUCAGCAGAAGCCGCUUUGAAAUGGAGUGACUGCUUUGAAGAAGUUAUGAAGGACUCAGAUGGAGUGGAAAUCUUCUCUCAGUUCCUCAGGUCAGAGUUCAGCGAGGAAAACAUGGAGUUCUGGUUGGCGUGUGAGGAUUACAAGACCAUUGACUCAGAGACAAAGCUGCUGUCCAAAGCCAAAUAUAUCUACACAGUAUUUAUCGAGUCAGAAGCUCCAAAAGAGGUAAACAUCGACUACAGCACCAAAAUGGCUAUCGAGCAGAGCAUCUCUGAGCCCACAAAGAGCUGCUUCGACGCUGCUCAGAAGAAAGUGUACAGCCUGAUGCAAAAGGACUCGUACCCCAGAUUCCUGCACUCUGACCUUUAUCUGCAUCUGACUCGGAGGAAGGGCCCCGGGGCUCCAGUGUUCCGCCGGAGGUCACGGUCUUGUGUGUUCAAUGAGAGAGCUGAGGCCACGUCUGGACCCUCGGCCUGGUAGAAUCACAAGUGUUUGUAACUGCAGGCUCUAAGUGGAUUAUCUCACUGUUCACUAACACAUGACCCAGGAAGUGUGCCAAAAUACAACCACACUCUGGAAAAGCUAAGACACAGUAGACACAGAAUUCAAAGGGUCACCAAAAUGCCUCAACAUCAGGGCUUUAAUUUAACACCUUCCUGUUCAUGGCAUAACUUUCAGCUUUAUGUAUAGUGCAAAACCACAACAGCAGUCGCCUCGCAGGGCUUAUUAUUGUUGAGUUAACCAACAGAAAGUUAGAAAAUCAAACAAAGUAACAAACUGUGGCAUAAAGCAGUAGUGGCAUAAGCUCUUGAGAAAGCAUUGGAGACAUUCUAAAGCACAUGCUCGGUCAUAAUACUGCACAAUAUCGCAUUUAUCAAGGGUUGUGUUAGUGCACUUCGAAACAUUUAUUGUCAUUAUACCAUGUAACUUUUCUGAUGGAUUGUCCUCUACCUGUUUUUUCCCUGGAGAUUAUAUUGCUUUGCCUAGAAAGUAGCAAACCCUGAGUCGAAAAGUUACAUGGUGCUCCAUUAAUAUCAAAUGCAUUAUGAAUUGUUUUACUUUUUUUUUUUCCAUAGAUGAAAAGUGUGGUUAUUCUGUUUUUAAUCACACUUCACCUCUCUCUGUGUAUAUAUUGACCAUCAAAUGAACAGAUUGGGUUAUUCUAUUGUUGCAGUCCUGUUUGUCUCUUUGUUUCUUUCAUGAAAAACCCUAGCUGUUUUGUAUUAUUUAAAUUAUAUUAUGUUAUGUAUCUUUCCCUUAGCUUUGAAUUUAACUGAACCAUAUAAACUGUUAUCACACUCGGGCAUUUUUUUUCAUUCAGCCACAACAAUGACGUGGCAUUUCAAGUGUACAGUAUUCCCUGUAGUAGUAACAUGCACAUACAUCACAUUGUGCUGUGUAAACCAUAUAACAACUGCUUUGUGCUCAAACUAAUUCUAAUGAAGCUUUAGUGCCAUUCAUUAGUCUGAAUCACUCACACUAAAUGUAACAAACCAGACCGUCAUUAUUAUACCAGAAGAAAUCAUGGUGCAGACCCCCUUUUCUCUUAUUCAUUAAAGUGUAUAGAUUUCCCCUGCAGGAAAAUCUACUCAUCAUACGCUCUGCCUCUGUAUAAUGCAAAUGAAGAAGUAUUGUAAUGCAUGUAUACAGUAGGAUCUGGUUUACCUCACCAGAGAUCAUUAUCACUAUAUGCAUAUUAUCUUAAAGCCCACAUUACAGUCAUUCUGCACAAAAACACCUGCAUAAUGUUCGCUUUGCUUAUGAAUCAAUAAAGACCCCAGG